AUGCUCUUAAACAAGAUCAGCUUGUUCUGUACCAACUUCCAAGCCCACAGUACUCGCGUACGACCAGGCGUGCAACUUGAAACCCCCCAGCUUCCAACCUACCGUAGGCCUGAUUUUUGAUGUCCAACCGCGGCACAUACAGCGUCGUGGUUUAGACCUCUCGACGCCCACAUGUGUGACAGGCCGAGAACGCGUCAACCUCACGACUAGCUGUGGCAUGGGACUCACCGACAAUUAAGCAUUUAAAAUUUUUAAAUCGUUGCCCCCCA